AUGGAACCGUGGGACAUGGAUUUUCGAAUCAAGCAUGUGGAGGAGUGCCUCACAAUGAGCACCGUGAACGAAGAGGUGUCUCUGAAAACGGAUGAGGUGAAGAUCGAGAAUUUAGAAGAGAUAAAGAUUGAAACUGAGCGGCUGCAAAAUGGCACCAGCGAUGAGGUGAAGGAGGAAGCACGAGAAAGACCUCCACUUCCUGAGAAAAGCUCGUCAUCUAGAAAGAGAAAAGCUUCGCUUUCAGCCGUACAAAAAGACAGGCUUCGGUAUGUCAACUCCAAGGAGGAGGUGCCAAAAAGACAAAGACUGAGGGUAGAACUGGAAGAAUCACCUACAGAACUUCUCCCGUCUUCAAGGAAAACCCCCAUUCCAGACUUGAAAGUCUUGACAUUUUGGCCCGAUUACGAUAGAAAAUACGAAAUCUCCAUGGACGCCUUCAGUUUCAAGCCGCACGACACGAUUACCCAGUACUUCUUAUCGCAUUUCCAUUCAGACCACUACGGAGGCAUCACCAAGCGGUGGCCUCGUGAAAGAACGCUUGGUUCAAAAAUCAUAUACUGCUCCACAAUCACAGGUAAGCUACUAACAAUCAAGUUCAAGAUCGACCCGGAGUUCAUUUAUCCGAUGGACCCUGAUGUGCGGUAUAAGGUGUAUUCAUAUGAGGGACCCGAAGAAGCCCACCCUUCACAGGAGAAAUCCCCAGGUAUUUAUACGACGCCGAUUGACGCCAAUCACUGCCCUGGAGCAGUCAUUUUUCUAUUCGAAUCCGUCAAUCUACGAGGCGAAUCUACAUACAAAUUGCAUUGUGGUGACUUCAGAGUGUGCCCGAAAAUGGUCAACCAUCCAGCACUACGACCUUUCCACAUUGAGCUGAAACUGCCACUUAAAUUGGAAAAGGUGUACCUCGACACGACGUACAUGUCGCCAAAAUACAAUUUUCCAAAACAGGAGCUCAUCUGUUCCAGUGUGGCAGAUAUGUUCUCAGACCUUGUGAGCGACGAUAAGCUCUUUGGCGAGUGGUUCGGGACACAAGCACAGAGCCGAAUCACCGACUUUCUCUUCCGAGGGGCACAGAAAAAAAAGAAGAAGUUUUUGAUUUUGGUGGGCACCUACGUUAUUGGAAAAGAGAAGCUCGCAAUAGCCAUAUCCAAGAAGCUAGAGUGCCCCAUCUACAUCUCCAACAUCAACAGCCGGGGCGACAAAAAAGAUAUCAUCAGAGCUUACGGUGACACUUACCUCGACUCAGUCAUCACAGACGACGAUCUCGGCGACCACCCCAAUGCCAUUAUCCAUCUUGUUCCCAUGAAAAUCGUAGGUCAAGCACAGGAAAUGGCCAAUUAUUUCAACCACAACGAGUAUUUCAAGCAUUUUGAGCGGUGUGUGGGGCUUCGGCCCACAGGCUGGACCUUUGAAAACCAUGUUACCGACGACAAUUUUGUUGAUGCUGAAGACGAGGUGCCCAUGUUAGAAGCCCAAGGUGUGAGUCUUGUAUCUCUGGUAAGUGUGCUUUCGCUGAAACCCGCCUACUCAUACAAACACGACGUUCUUCGGCAGAACCCUCCCGACAAAAUUAAAAAAGGCAAAAUCGACAGCUCUACGUGCAAAAUAUAUUCCCUACCCUACAGUGAGCAUCUGUCCUUCAGGGAGCUCUCAUACUUUGUUGUAUUUUUCAACAUCGGCGAGGUCAUCCCCACCGUAAAUGCCGAAAACGACUGGAGUCUCACCCGAAUGCAAAAAACAAUUUACCAAUGGGAAAAAAUCCGUGAACUCAAGCGUUCAGACAGACCCAUUUUCGAACUUCCUCCAGGGAUGGUACUGGCUGCGAAAAGACUCUCAUUGAGCCAGCUAUAA